AAUUUUUGAGUUGAAAGGAAGUUCAGGAAGAGAAAAUAAUGCCACCAUCAUGAGUUUAAGGAAUACUAUCAAGUCAAUUAAACGGAAAGGACCAGAUCCUGUCAAAGUGAAAACAUCAGUUUUUGGAUUAUUAGUGAACACAUCGACAAUCCAUGGAGUGAAAUAUAUCGGUGACUUGCACAGUCCGAAAACAACCAGAACAUUCUGGAUUAUUGCAUUUUGUUUGUCGAUUCUCGGUUGUGUUUAUUAUGCAACUCAAGUUUAUGAUAAAUGGUACAUAACACCUGAUAUUGGAUUAAAAGUAAGGUUCAAUUCUUCAAGGACGGUUCCAUUUCCAGCUGUAACUAUAUGUCCGCAAUCUAAGAUCAAAGGAAAUUUCUUGGACUACAACAAAGCAUUGACGACUGCAUUUACAGAAGGCGAAAUGGGAGAUGAUUCAAGAAAAUAUUUCGAAUUGGCAUUGCCACUUUGUACAGCCAGUCACAUUAACCUAAUCAAGCUUUUCAAUCCAAAGUAUUUAACAAAUGUGGCACUAAAUGGAACUGAUUUUAUCUCAACCAUGUCAGAAGUCCAAUUUCCUUUAAACCAGACAUUUGUUGGAAUUAAAACAGAAAAAGGAUUUUUGACUGAAAAUUUUGAGGAUGCAGUUGAUCGAGUAAUGACAAGUGAAGGAUUUUGUGCUACUUAUAAUCUACAGGACUAUCCAUUGCUGUUCAGACAAGACAAAGAUCUCAGUUCAGACUUUGACAGCUACAAGAAUAACAGAAGUUCAACUUGGAAUCCACUUGAUGGCUACAAAAAUGACGAAACUGAUCAAUAUCCAAAAAGAAUCUUCAGUGGAACUAAAAGUAAAAUUGUGUUCUUGUUAGCUCAAAGCGGAAAUGAUAUCGAUGAAGCCUGUUUAGGUCCAGAGCAAGGAUUCAAGAUUUAUUGGCACAUGCCAAAUGAGAUUCCAUCAUAUAUGCACAGAUCAGUCGUUGUUGGAGUUGAAAAGUCAAAAACUUUGGUCAUGAAAGCGACACAAGUUCGUAGUUCCGAUGAUUUACAACGAUAUGAUGCAAACCAACGUCGAUGCUUCUUUGAGGAUGAAAAGCCACUCCAAUUCUUCAAAUCUUAUACAAAAACUCAUUGUGACAUGGAAUGCUUGACAAACUACACACUGACUAAAUGUGGAUGUGUAAAAUAUUUCAUGCCAAGGAACUCGUCAACUCCAGUUUGUGACAUAACAAAGCUUGAAUGUGCUGAAGAUGCAAAUGAUAAUUGGCUGGAAAAUGAUCAAAGUUACAGAGAGAAUGCAAUGCCAUGCAACUGUUAUCCAUCAUGUUCGACUAUCAAGUAUGAUGUGCUGUCAAGUAUGGACAUGGAUUUUAAGACGGAAAAGACAUUGAAAAUUUUUGGAGACGAUGCACAAUUUUAUGAAGAUUUUCCUAAUGGAACUAUUUCAAGAUUUGUGAUUGAAUUUGAAGACUUUCUAAUUGAGGCUCAGGAGAACUUUUUGGGAUAUAAAAUGCAACAUUUUAUUUCCGAUUGCGGAGGUCUUCUUGGACUCUUUAUGGGAUGCUCCAUUCUGUCCCUUGUCGAGCUCUUUUACCAGCUUUUUGUAACACUUUUCAUGAAAUCAAAUCCAAAUCAGAUUGCUGAGAAAAAGGAGGAAACUCCACCAACACCAAAAAAGGACAAUCGAACAAUUGUUUUUGUUGAAGCUGACGAAGACAAGGAAAAUGAGAAAAAUGAAUAAUUUUCAAAUUUAAAAAACUAUUUAAAAGUUAUAAAUAAAUUUAUUUGGAUGUUAUUGACGUACAUCGUAACAACUAAUUCAGUUUUUAAUCUAAAUUCAAAUUUAAUCCAAUCUGUAUUAUUGAACUGUUGAAAGUAAUGAGUAAAGCAGUUAAGUGCCUGGCUGGUCGAAUAGGUAAGGCGCUUGGCUCAAAUUUGGUUUGGUAACUCGAAGGUCGUCGGUUCGAAUCCAGCCUUUUCCAAAUUUGUUCUUUUUCAGAAGUUUAGAUACUUCGACUGCUUAAUGUACGAGAUCAAGCCAUAAUUAAGCAUUUAGGGCAACGUUGGAUUAAGGAACGGAUCAGGAACUUGAAGUGUAAUGGGAGAAAUAGGAACGAGAGCUACAAGAUUACCUUAAAAUGGAAUAUUGUCAGAACGGACCUGAAAUGUAUCACGUCACGCCCACAGAAGAUUGAAACGAGAGCCUGAAUUUAAUCGAAAACCUAGAUUUGAAGAUUAGAACCUUGAUUCUACGUCACCCAUAGUGAUAUGAAAUGUAUCACUAAUCAAUGUAAAAAGUAAAACAUGUAUAAAUACUAAUUCUUCCGGACGGUAACGUCGACAAAUAAAUAAUAAUAAAUAAUAAUGAGCCUGGGACCGUUGUUGAUUAUCAGGGUUGCAUCCAUAAUUUUUUUGAGGGUUGUUUUUUUAAAAAAACCCCGAAUUUCAAUUUUUAAAAUAAAGUUGAAUUAUUCCGAAUAAAAAUCUAAUACACUUUAGUAAUAAAAUUUGAUAAAUACCGAAUAAAAACUAAUACAGAAAGAAUCUUAAAAGAAC